GGUACCUUUGUGACGCCGUCCUCUACAAGUUCUGCACGACACCUCGCCGAGAGUUCUAUUUCAGCCGUGCUGCCAACGCUUGCGUCUUGGUAGGCUCAAACCCAGGCGUUCAGCUUUGCAACCGUGGUGCCAACCGAUACGCAUCGAUGGAAGACUGUUCCUUUGAUUGCGUGCGAACGCCCCGCCCGAGCAGAAGGUGCUUCAAGACAGACCUCUUCACCACGUGCAUCAGCGACGACAUCGUGAACGGCAGCAGCACGUGGUUCUUCGACGGCACCGGCUGCCACAUGUGGAACUUUCCUUUGGGCCAGUGCCCGUCACUUGACGGUGAUUUGUUCACCAGCCUAGCCCAGUGCAGCAAAAGGUGCCUUAAUCGUGGAGGCUUCGAAAUUGACCCCGUGGGCGCCAAAUCUGGUGACGCCGCUGUCGCUGCAAGUUCAAAUGCGUGCCGCGUUCCGAGACCAAGCGUUUGCACGGGCCAGCAGCUUAGAUUUCCCGCCUUCUUCCAGCGCGCCGUGGGCCCCGGAAACAGUCCAGAAUGCCUGUCGGCGACGCUGGUUGCAGAUACGGACCACCGGUGCCUCACCGGCAGUAACAGGUUCCAGACGCACAGCGAGUGCGAGAACGCCUGCGUUCGCGGCGUGGAAGUAAUCAGGCGCUCAGUGUAGGCGUUACUCGAGUGAAUAAUAAAUUACGACUCGCCUGCA